AUGCCACGCCGUCGUAAACAACAAUCGUCUUCGUCCUCAAGCAAUCAAAAUCUAUUGUAUAAGCAACAAAAAAGGGAUGAUACAAUAACUUCAAUAACUCAUCUUUGUACCCUUUCUCGUGCAACUUUCUUAAUUAUAACUCCAAUUCUUACAUCCGUUAUUCUUCAAGUUUCUCCUAAUUAUGUUGAACCUGUUUAUGGUAAUGUGUUUUCCGCGAUAUAUUUUGAUGAGGUUGCUUUAUCGAGUUUAGCUUUUGGAAUUCUAGUUGGGAUUGGAUUUAUUAUAAAAACGAAAUCGCUAUCUCAAAUAACUAGAGAUAACGAAAUAACUAGUGCAUUAAUAACUGGAAUUGAUUGGUGUGGAAUAUUGUUUGCUUUAUCCCCGAUAAUUGUUAGGGCGUUAUUUCAUCUUAGCGAAUUACUAGGUCCUUAUUUAGGUCCACAUAUAACUCAGUUCGGCUUAGCUUAUCCGAUAAUGUUUUCGAUUGGGUUUCUUAAUGUCAUGGCUUGUGCAAGAUUAUCCAAAGAACAACGUCGUCCAAUUUUUAGAUGGAUGCUUUAUGUAAUAAUACAUUUCACUAUCAUCACAACUUUAAUUUAUGUUCUGUAUAGUGUUAUGACAAGGGGUAGAUCUUGCCGUCGACUGUAUUUUUCUGGUUUAUUGUUGGCACUUGUUGGAACAGUAUUCAAGCUUUUAUGGUGUAUUUAUGGUGAAUUAAGUUUGGAAGAAGACGCUAGUCAGAGACGUAAAACUACUCUUAAAGCUUCCUUACGUUCUUGGUUACUUUUUAUAAGCAUAGAACUAUUGCCCCAAAUUCUUAUUAUAAUCAUGACUAUUUAUAAUGCAAAUUUUAAUUCUCAUUGUAAUGUCUCUAUAAUUCAGAACACAGUAGUUAACAAUAUAGAAUAUAAUAUCCUCUCACGCAAUGAAUCUAUAACUGGUUGGAUCGAAGUUGUAGAAGAAAUCAAACCUCGCAACAUUCGUGUAUUACCUGUCCGUCUGGUUGAAAGGGGAGUUUCGCAUAAACACGAAAGAGCUUUACAGAUCGGUCUUGGUAUUGGUGUAUUAACAGCAUCACUACAAGCUCAUAAUGUUGAAUUGGACGUGGUUGAACUUGAUCCAGUGGUUUAUGAUUUUGCGAUAAAUUAUUUUAAUCUGAAGCGUGAGCAUAAAAUAUAUCUUCAGGAUGGUCGUAAAUUCAUUAAUAAUGCGGAAGCUCAAACAUAUGAUUAUGUAUUACAUGAUGUAUUUACUGGAGGAUCAGUACCAUCAGCUUUAUUUUCGAUUGAAGCUUUGGAACAAAUUAAGAGAAUACUUAAGGCAAAUGGCGUUUUAGCGCUGAAUUUUGUUAGUUCUGAACAGUGGCCGCAUGCCGAAAGCUUAGCGUUAGUAGCAAACACAAUAAAGGCCGUUUUUCCAUAUGUAAAGUGUUUUAGAGAAGGUCCACGAGAAGCAACACAAGCUGACUUUUUAGGUAGCGCAAGUAGAGAAUAUGCGCUUGGGAAUUUUCUUAAUUGGCAAAUCAACUUAUGGAACUAUCGAAAUGUCACAGAUAUUAUUACUGACGAGCAUAAUCCUUUAGACAAAUUACAACGGUUAUCAGCAUUUGAACACUGGAAGUAG